AUGUCGAACACUAAAGCUGCGCUUAUGGCGCUCGAGUACUUUUUGAGAAAGGUAGAAUCUCCUAGGAAGGUUGUUCUGUACAAUGUGACCAUGAAAGUCUGCAGAAAGAGUAAGGAUUUGGAAGGUGCCGUGAAACUGUUCGACGAAAUGCUCGAGAGAGGAAUUAAGCCGGAUAACACCACCUUCUCGACUCUAAUCGGCUGCGCCAGGCUGUGUUCCUUGCCCGAAAAGGCGAUCGAGUGGUACGAAAAGAUGCCCGCAUUCGGGCUCGAGCCCGAUGGGGUCACUUGCUCGGUCAUGAUCGACUCGUAUGGAAGAGUGGGCAAAGAGGACGUUGCUUUUGCUCUGUAUGACCAAGCCAGGAACAAAAAAUGGCGUCUUGAUGCUGUGACUUUCUCAACUUUGAUAAAAAUUUAUACUUCGAGGGGGAAUUUUGACGGGUGCUUGAAUUUGUACGAAGAGAUGAAGACCUUAGGGGUAAAGCCCAAUGCAAGCGUGUACAACUCAUUAUUAGAAGCAAUGGGCCGGGCCAAAAGGCCUUGGCAGGCGAAGAAUAUCUACCGGGACAUGAUAAAAAAUAAAGUUAAUCCGACCUGGGCCACAUACGCUGCUCUACUACGGGCCUACAGUCGGGGCCGAUAUUGCCACGACAUAUUAGCUGUUUAUAAGGAGAUGAAGGAGAAAAAUUUUGAGCUAAAUGUUGUGUUAUACAAUACUAUAUUAUCCGCUUGUGCUGACGUGGGGUUUACUGAUGAGGCUUUUGCUAUUUUUGAGGAUAUGAAGAAUUCGGGCACUUGCAAUCCUGAUUCUUGGACUUACUCUUCAUUGAUCACGAUAUAUUCUUGCAGCGGGCAGGUAGAGGAGGCUGAGGCCACACUGAGUGAAAUGAUGGCAUCGGGUUUUGAGCCGAACAUUAUCGUACUAACCUCGAUUAUCCAAUGUUAUGGGAAAGCUGGGCGUACUGGUGAUGUAGUGAAGACAUUCGAUAUGCUGUCCGAUUUUGGCAUAACUCCCGACGAGCAGUUUCUUUGCUGCCUUCUUAGUGUUUUAACAGAAGUGCCGAAGGAAGAACUUGGUCAGUUGACCGUUUGCAUUGAGAAGGCCAAUCCGAAGCUCGGCCAUUUUGUGAAUCUUGUAAUUAAUGGAGAAAGCUUAAUUGGAGAGGAAGCCAGUGAGCUUUUUGACUCAGUUAGUGCCGGAAUGAGAAAAGCUUACCUGAAUUGCUUGAUCGACCUGAGUGUUCAUGUGGGUCAGCUCGAGAGACCUACUCAGAUGUUGAAAUUCGGGCUCGAGCAAGGAAUAUAUGAUGUUAUAACGAUUAGAUCGGAUAAAAUGUGGUAUUUGCGACUAAGGAGACUGUCUCAAGGGGCGGCCUUGACGGGACUGCGUAUGUGGAUGAAUGACUUGUUGAGAGCGGUUGAUAAUGGGGAGGAGUUGCCGAAUUUGUUAGGGAUCGAUACGGGCCAUGGGAAGCACAAGUUUUCGGAUCGGGCUCUGAUGGGCCUGUUCGAGGCCCAUCUGAAGGAACUCGAUGCCCCGUUUCACGAGGUGCCGGAUAAGCCCGGCUGGUUUCAGACGACUAAUGUUGCGGCUAAGGCUUGGCUCGAGUCCAGGCGUGACUUGGAUGAUGAUCCAAAUGGUGCCUAG